UCUGUUUUGAAGAGCCGGCGUGAACAGUCUGGGCCGCUUCCACAGGAAAUCUCUCAGGCAACUGAGAACGCGCAACUACAAUCGGAAAUGACGCAGUGCCUGAACUCACGGAACACCCAAACCAGCGCGUCUGUGAGAACCAGCGCUGUAACCCCGGCCGCUGAUAGCAGUUUAGUGAAGGGCGGGGUACUUCUUGUUACUAACAUGAUAUCCCCCCUCACCGUGACCUUAGGAGCAGCUUUGUGUCCAACGAGUGAAGAAUAUAGACGGGUUUUCUUCACUGUGUGACAUUAAUUUUUGAUUGACAUUUCAAAGGAUUUACUGAGUCUUUACCGACUGUUCGUAUCAACCAACAGAUCCUCAAAUUCGUGGAAACGCCUCUAAAUGGGAAAUGAUGCCGAUGGGAGCCAAUACAAAUUUGCCUGUUUCUACACAAGGGCGUGUGUUUAACGGGAAACGACAUCACCGCCGGCCAAUUAGGACCUAUCAAAUCUGUCGGCGGGCGGGACUUGUAACGCUCGCGGUGUUCUGUUGAAUUCCAUUGCCGACCAUUAAAAGAGCCAGGAGAGUGGCAGAGUGCGAGACAGAUAGAGAUAUUUAAAGAGACAGAGAUUAAUUUAAAAACGGAUUAAUUUGAAAACGCAGGCACCGCGGAUUUCGGCUGGCUGCCCCUUUAAAUAGGAACCCAUUCUGGAUAAUUCUUACUAAACGUUUUAUUAUAUAAACAAUAAAGUGAAUGUUGUUUCUGUCAUGAGUCCGGCCGGGUGCUCCCAUGUGAAUAGCUAUAAGGUGGAUAAUUGGAAACAGAAUCUGCGAGUCAUAUACCAGUGCUUUGUUUGGAGCGGGACUGCCGAAACCAGGAAACGAAAGGUGCUUCAGAAAGAUGCUGGAUGGACAACAAUGGCAAAGUCUUGUAUCUGUCACAUGUGCGGCGCCCACCUGAACAGACUUCAUUCCUGCCUCUACUGUGUCUUCUUUGGAUGCUUUACCAAGAAACACAUUCAUGAACAUGCAAAAAACAAACGGCAUAACCUGGCCAUAGAUCUAUUAUAUGGGGGUAUAUAUUGUUUUAUGUGUCAAGACUACAUAUACGACAAAGACAUGGAACAGAUUGCCAAAGAAGAACAAAGAAAAGCAUGGAAAUUACAAGGUAUCGGUGAAAAGUAUUCAUCGUGGGAGCCAACCAAACGCGAAUUGGAAUUACUACGGCACAAUCCCAAACGUAGGAAGAUAACUACAAAUUGCACCAUUGGUCUGCGAGGCCUAAUAAACCUAGGGAACACUUGCUUUAUGAACUGUAUUGUCCAGGCUCUUACCCAUACCCCACUACUUCGAGAUUUUUUCCUCUCGGAUAGACACAAAUGUGAAAUGCAAUCCAAUUCCUGUCUGGUUUGUGAAAUGUCCCAGCUUUUUCAAGAGUUUUACUCUGGACAUCGGUCUCCUCACAUUCCCUUUAGGUUGUUGCACCUGGUGUGGACGCAUGCACGGCAUUUAGCAGGGUACGAGCAGCAGGAUGCACACGAGUUCCUCAUUGCAGCGUUAGACGUGUUACACAGACAUUGCAAAGAUGAUGACAAUGGGAAAAAGGCCAACAACCCAAACCACUGUAACUGCAUCAUUGACCAAAUCUUCACUGGUGGGCUACAGUCUGAUGUCACCUGUCAAGUCUGCCAUGGUGUUUCCACUACCAUAGACCCGUUCUGGGAUAUCAGUUUGGACCUGCCUGGCUCCUCCACCCCCUUUUGGCCGCUGAGCCCGGGUAGCGAUGGGAGUGCAGUGAAUGGAGAAAGCCAUGCAUCAGGAACCACCACACUCACAGACUGUCUACGAAGGUUUACAAGGCCCGAACAUCUAGGAAGUAGUGCCAAAAUCAAAUGUAGUGGUUGCCAUAGUUACCAAGAAUCAACCAAACAGCUCACAAUGAAAAAGCUACCCAUCGUAGCCUGUUUUCAUCUCAAGCGGUUCGAACACUCUGCAAAACUGAGACGGAAGAUCACCACCUACGUGUCCUUUCCGCUGGAGCUGGAUAUGACUCCGUUCAUGGCUUCAAGUAAAGAAAGCAGAAUGAAUGGCCAGUAUCAACAGCCAGUUGACACUUUAAACAACGACAAUAAAUAUUCCUUGUUUGCAGUCGUCAAUCAUCAGGGAACACUGGAGAGCGGCCACUAUACCAGCUUCAUCCGACAGCACAAGGACCAGUGGUUUAAAUGUGACGAUGCAAUCAUCACCAAGGCUAGCAUCAAGGAUGUGUUAGACAGUGAAGGGUAUCUGUUAUUUUAUCACAAACAGUUCCUUGAAUACGAGUAGCCUAACCUGAGAAAGCGAAAGCCUUCAAAACAACACACAAACCUACCUGAAACUCUUAAUGAAAAAGAAAAAAAAAUUAGCACUGAGCGACCAGUACCUACUUGACAGUGAAGAAGGAAAGAAAGCAGGAACACAAUGCCUGGUUUUUGCCAGGGUUGGGAGACUAAAUCGCAUGUUGAUAGAAGAUGGUCACCCUCACCUUCACUGCAGACAGACAGAGAGAGAAAUAAGAGGAGACAGACCCUGGGAGUGGCACAUCUCAUGACUCACAAACUUUAUUUUUUAUUUUUUACUUUUUCCCCAUGGUGCUCCAUCUCCAACUGACCAAGCAUUUAGAAUAAGAAGAAAAAACUUUUUUUUUUUAAUGCAUUUGGGUCUGAAAGCAGUAAAACAAUGGUAUUAUUAAAGACUUUGCAAGUCCUUUUUAUUUGUGAAUUUAGUUUUGAAGUACUGUAUGAAACUCGUAGAAAGACAUCUAUUUUUUUUAAAAACUCAUUUGGAACCCGAAAUGCAGGCUGAACUCGGACAGGCUUUCAAUAUGGACAUGUUCCGAUGGACUGCAGAUUCACACUGUGGAGGGCUCUUGGUUUUUUUGUUUGGUGGUUUUGUUUUUUAGGGCGGAGGGAGGCGGGAGGGGCUUUAUUUGAAUUCAUGUUUACUUUUUCCACCCCUUUUCAGGACAGAUUUUCAGAAGUGUACUGUCAUGGUAAAAACUGUAAUGAGUUGGCAUUGUGAUCAUUGUGAAAAGUCUUCAUAUUGGUAUUACAAUGCAAUUCGUUCACUUGGAUGUGAAAAAAAAAAUUGUAUUAUUGUUGCACCAUUUAUUACAGUUUGUACUACAGUGGAAGCAGGGCUGCUCAUGCUUAUGUAUGGUGCAUUCUUGCUUGAUUGAUCAGUAUUAAUCCCACCAGUAUCUGUGUGUUAUAUGCAGUACAACAAUACAGUGCUGUACUGAAUCAGUACUUGUAAAACAAGCAUGCAAUUAAAACUGGAUAAGAGAGCA